AAAAAAACAGGGACAACAUCGUAAAUUCAAAUAGCAUAAAUCUAAAAUCCCCAAUCUAGCCCUCUACCAGGUCAUCAAUCCGAGUCCUUCCCUUCUAAGCAAACCGAUACCGUCCGAUCAAAACCAAAAAACACAAUCCCCAACCGCUAGAUCCUUCAUCAACCCCUCGUCCUUCUUCACUUUCCUUUCCUCUCCAUCCACUCCUCAAGAAAACCCCUCCUUUUUAAAUCCAACCCUUUACCCCCUUUCCUUUCUCCACACCAAACACACACAGUUCCUUCAAUCUCCUUCUCUUUUAGAAAACAUUUGUCUGUUUCCAUGGCUAGCAUCACUGAGGAUUCUACUAAUCCCCAACCUCUUCCUCCAGCUCCAGCGCCAGCACCAGCACCAGCACCGGCUCCACCCCAACAACAGUCACAGCAACAAUCCUCCACUCCCCCUCAGUAUCCUGAGAUGAUUAUGGCGGCUAUUGAGGCAUUGAACGAGAAAGAAGGGUCAAACAAGACAUCAAUUUCGAAACAAAUCGAGUCAACACACCCCGAUCUGCCACCUGCACAUAGCACACUCCUCUCCCACCAUUUGAAUAAGAUGAAGCAAAGCGGUCAGCUUGUUUUGGUCAAGAAUAACUACAUGAAGCCUGACCCCAACGCUCCCCCGAAGAGAGGCAGAGGCCGCCCUCCCAAGCCUAAGCUUCCAACCCCACCCGGAACUGUUUCUGGACCUCCCAGGCCACGUGGCCGCCCUCCCAAACCAAGGGAUCCUUUCGCGCCUGUGGCUUCCCCUAAGAAGAAGACGACAAGUACUGGAACUGGGAGGCCGCGUGGUCGUCCACCUAAGAACGCUACUGCGGCGGUUUCCGCUGCGAGUUCUGGCGGUGGUCCACCCAGCGGUGCGCGAAGGGGAAGGGGGAGGCCGCCUAAGGCGAAGCCAGCCGUGGCACCCGUCGCUGGCUGAGUGGAAUUAGAGCAAGGGAGGGAGGAGAAGCAGAGAUAGGAAUCAGUUUCUUUAAUCUUUUUUUUUUCCUUUUUAACUUCUUUUCUUUUAGGUAGACAAGGGAACUACUAAUUGAUGUUGUAGCUUAAGCUUUAGCGUUCUUUUUUUUCCUCUUUUAAGUUUUGAAUUUAGUUUCAAUUAAAAUGUGGUGAGCGGUAUUGUAAUGUUGAGCUUGGAGGGGAAGGUUGGAUUAUGUGACCUUUGUAAUUUUCAUUUAAUUUGCCUUGUAAAUUUGAUCAGUGGCCGUGUAUGCUCUUGCUAUCGUUA